GCGGCGUGGGAAAGCGCCUCAGAGAGGGUUUGCUCUGCUGGCGGUGCGGAGUCGUGCUGCGCCGAGCUGUGCCGUGCCCGGAGCUCCCCCCGGAUUUAUUUAUCUUUGCCCCCGCGCCGCGCACACGAUGAAGCGACCUUGCGAGGAAACUACCUCAGACAGCGAUAUGGACGAGACUAUAGACGUGGGGAGCGAGAACAACUACUCGGGGCAAAGCAAUAGUUCUGUCAUUCGAUCAAAUUCCCCAACAACAACAUCUCAGAUCAUGGCCAGAAAGAAAAGAAGAGGGAUUAUAGAGAAAAGGCGCCGUGAUCGUAUAAAUAACAGUUUAUCAGAGCUGAGGCGGCUUGUGCCAACUGCUUUUGAAAAACAAGGAUCUGCCAAAUUAGAAAAAGCGGAAAUACUGCAAAUGACAGUGGAUCAUCUGAAGAUGCUGCAGGCAACAGGAGGGAAAGGUUAUUUUGACGCUCAUUCCCUGGCCAUGGAUUUCAUGAGCAUCGGCUUCCGGGAGUGCUUGACAGAAGUCGCGAGGUACCUGACUUCGGUGGAAGGUCUCGACACAUCCGACCCCCUGCGCGUUAGACUCGUGUCCCACCUGAGCACCUGCGCCUCUCAGAGGGAAGCUGCUGCCAUGACCUCCUCCAUGGUGCACCACCACCACCACCCCUUGCACCCUCACCACUGGGCAGCCGCCUUCCACCACCUUCCGGCCGCCCUGCUGCAGCCGAAUGGACUCCACGCCUCCGAUGCCGCCCCGUGCAGACUCUCCUCGGACGUGCCCCCUCACGGCUCCGCCCUGCUCACGGCCACCUUCGCCCACGCCGAUGCCGCCCUCAGAGUCCCCUCCGCCGGCAGCAUCGCUCCCUGUGUCCCUCCUCUCUCUACCUCCCUCUUGUCCCUGUCGGCCACUGUUCACGCCGCGGCAGCAGCAGCCACAGCUGCAGCCCAGAGCUUCCCCCUCUCCUUCUCCGGCACCUUCCCCAUGCUCCCCCCCAGCGCGGCCGCCGCCGCCGUCGCUGCGGCCACCGCCAUCACCCCCCCGCUGGCCGUGUCAGCCACCGCCAGCCCUCAGCAGGCUGGCACCGGGGGCGGCACCAAACCCUACCGACCCUGGGGGACUGAAGUUGGAGCCUUUUAAGUCCCCUCCCGGCCACACACACCUCUUCCCACUCCGGCUCCCUCCUCUCGCUUUCAGCACUCGUGCAUGUGCUCACACCCACGAGCCCACAGCUCCCGCGCCCAUAGCCAGCCUCGGGACCCGCGGUGUGCUCCCUGCUCAGCCUGCACCCGAUGGGCCCGAGCGGUGCUGGUGAGCCCGCCGAGGAACGGCGCGAUUAUCCUCACUGCAGAUGUCGGAGAGGACGUGGGCAGACACCUUCUUCUUCUCCGUUUGUCUUGCUGGAGGCACCUUGAGGGAGCAGCAAUGGCUUUCAUAACGGUGUGACCAUAUCGGCAUGUAGAGGUUUCCUGCAACACACGUAGAAAUACGUAGACAUUAGAACCAAUAGUUCUCCAGCUAUGCAUCCUUGUUUGGCAGAGAGGUGAGGGAUUCCAUCUACCAAGGCUCCCCAGGCUAGAGAAGGAGUUCCAGUUUCAUAAGUGCCUGACAUUGAAAAAAUAAUAAAUAAAUAUAUAUAUAUA